AUGUCUACCAUAUCUCAUAUAUCCCAUACACGUUUGUGGUAUCAACAGAAGCGCAAGGACCUGCAGCCCAUCGACCGGGUGUUCACUGUGGUCAAAGCGUGCAUUCAGGCACCGUACGAACAGACAGGUGACAGCAGUGGUGAUAGUAAUGUGCAGCCGUCGCCCAUGUACGUGCCUGACUCGCUGUCUCAGGACACACACACACAGUCGGGUACAGCCAACGCUCACGCAAACACCCCCACUACACCCAUCAACCCCUCGCCAGUGCCACCCCCAGGCCCUGCCGGUAAUAUGCCUGCCUCGGCCUUUGAACGUCAAUUCGGCUCGCGCAUUAUAGAGCAGAGUGCGACGUUUGUGCUGUUCCAUUUGAUAAACAACUUCAGCAACUUCCCACCCACCGCCGGCGUUAGCAG